GUACGGUGAGGAUGGGCCCUCGCCCCGCAAGGAUAGAGCCCGCGGGCUUGACUGUCUCACCACGCUUCCAGUAGUCCACCGAGCCCGUACUUCUUCUAUACAAGACCAACAAAAUGGCCAUGUCCAUCGCUGCUCGCUCGGCUUGCUGCGGCGUCGCUGCGCCCCGCAGCUCGACCGUCCGCGUCGCUGCUGCCCGGCCAGCUGUCCGCCCGUCCCUCAGGACCGCCGGCCAGAAGGCUGCCCCCAGCCGCGGUGUGGCCACCAAGGCCGUGAACGAGCUGGCCAUGAUUGCCGGCGAGGCUGAGUUCAUUGCUGGCACCGCCCUGACCAUGGUCGGCAUGACCCUGGUGGGUCUGGCCAUUGGCUUCGUGCUGCUGCGCGUGGAGUCUCUGGUUGAGGAGGGCAAGAUCUAAGCUCGCUCAGUACUCGUGUCCUUGUGUGGGUCUGCAUUUGAGAAGAGAGUGGGGUUCGGGGACUGUUCGCCACCGGCGUUGAGUGCUGACCACGCUGGUCACGCCGUCGGAUUGGCCGGGGGCACGCAGGGCGUGAUUUUCGGGGCACGUCGCCUCCCAGGGGGGAAGCAGCGACCUGCCGAUGGCGCGGUUUUGCCACGAUUCAGCGCCGCUUGUAACGCCGCGCCUGC